GGUGGCAGAAUCUGCACCCAAAGCGGGUUUGCCAACCGGAAGCAGCAGCAGCCUGUCAAACACAAGCUCCUCCCAUCGGGCCUGCUGUGAGACUGCAGUUGUCCACUGUAGAGCUGCUUUGGGAAUAGAGGAAGGAAUGUUCAAAUGUCAGCCGACCAGGAAGCACAAGAAGAUGAACUGCUUGCUCUAGCGAGCAUCUACGAUGAAGAGGAGUUUCGCAGAGCCGAGUCGGGAAAAGAGGGCGAGAUCCAUCUGUGCCUGGAGCUUCCGCCGAGCUUCAAACUGCUAGUCAAGGGACAGAAUUCCACAGAGCAUAAUGUAUCAUUUCUACCUCCACUGGUUCUGAGUUUUGAAUUCCCGGCUGACUACCCUUCAGCAUCGGCUCCGGUUUUUACUGUAAGCUCCAAAUGGCUCACGAGAGUCCAGAUCACUGCACUUUGCAGGAGACUGGACGAGCUUUGGGAGGAGAACCAAGGCAACGUGGUUCUUUUUACCUGGAUGCAGUUCCUAAAGGAAGAGACUCUGGACUUCCUGGGAAUCCAGUCACCACUGGAAAUCCAGAGCAUUGAGAGUCAGCCUCAGUGUGAAUCUGGCCCAAAACAAGCAGUAGACCUUUCCGGAGAAAAAAGUAAAGAUUUAGACCCAAGAGCCGUGCAAGAAGUCGACGCUCGCACAGAUAUACUGACUCAGCUGCUGGAUUUUGACGAAGCUCAGAAGCAGAAGGUGUUUGAUGGGAAGGUGUUCUGCUGUGGCAUCUGUUACUCCGAGAAGCUCGGAUCCGACUCUCUGCUCUUCAAAGAGUGUCAGCAUGUGUACUGCAAGGCCUGCAUGAAGGAAUACUUUCAGAUCCAGAUAAGAGACGGAAAAGUCCAGUGCCUUAACUGCCCUGAGCCAAAGUGCAUGUCCAUGGCCACUCCUUCGCAGGUGAAACUUCUCGUGGGCGAAGAUGAGUUUGCGCGCUAUGAUCGUCUUCUGCUGCAGUCGAGUCUGGACCUGAUGGCGGAUGUGGUGUAUUGUCCCCGCAUGAGCUGCUGUAUGGCUGUGAUGGUCGAGCCUGACUCCACUAUGGGCAUCUGUCCCGCCUGCAGAUAUGCCUUCUGUACCCUCUGUAAGCGGAGCUAUCAUGGCCUCUCUCACUGCAUAGCGACCGCUGAUGAGCUUCGCAGUUUGCGGGAUGAGUAUAUGUCUGUGAGUGAAGAGGGGAAGAAGUUCCUUGAGAAGCGUUUUGGCCGACGGGUCAUUCAGAAGGCGGUGGAGGAGUCUUUUAGCACAGACUGGCUGAAGGAUAACUGUAAACAGUGCCCUUGCUGUGGCACUAAUAUACAGAAGGUGCACGGCUGUAACAAGAUGACCUGUUCGUCCUGUCAGAAGUAUUUCUGCUGGAUCUGUCUGGGAGCUCUCAGCAGAGUGAACCCCUACAGCCACUUCAACAACCCCAGCUUGCCCUGCUAUAACCAAUUGUUUCAAGGAGUGGAAAUGGACGAGGAAGAAGGCUUUGGGAGUGACGAAGAUAACUGAUCCACUAUAAAUUAAAUGUUUAAAGCAUGUUACAUUAUUCAGGCAGUGUUUUCAUGCACAUCAGACUGGACUCGACCAGAACCGAAAGCCCAAGACCUGACUUGAGUGUCAAGCAUUUUUUAGCAAUAUAUUUUUUUUGCAUUUUUGCAAUUCAAAUUCCAGCUCAUACAAGCAUCCCUUCACAUAGUUUCAUUGAAGAUUGUAAACAUUUUCACUGUUACGUACAGCCAUGCAGGAAAAUCAGCCUAACAGAUGUGCAUGCACAACUACAGAAUAUAUCCUAUAUCUUUAGUUUAUGAAUCAGGUUUCUUUGCUGUUAUUGUCUUUUAAGAAGAUGUAUUGUUUAUAUAGGUAUCCUCAGCUAUUGCUGUCAUUGUUAAUAAUGUACAUUUCAUCAUUUGGACAAACGGUGGAUGGAUUUAGCAGUAAAAUAAAUGUUAAAGAGUUCUUG